AUGCCAAAUGAUGACAUCUUUGUGACAGAAAAAGCUCCAGCAGUUGAAAGUAAAGGUCCUGAUGUGAAUGUAGAAGAGUUGUGGUCUGAUUGUGAAGAUCCUGAAAAUCCAGAAGAGUUGAGGAGUACUGAUUCUGAAGGUGAAAAGUCUGAUGAAUUUAAUGAGGUUACUGGUAUGAAGAAUCCAAAUUUGUUUGUUGGACUAAAGUUUUCUACACCACAAGUAUUUAGAAGAGCCAUGAUUAGAUGGAAUGUACUGAGAGGCCAUGACAUCACAUACAUAAAGAAUGAGAACAAGAAGAUUACUGCCAAGUGUAAGGAGGAUUGUGGAUGGAGAAUACAUGCAUCUCCUAUUGUUGAGGAGUAUCUGGAUGAUUUGAGAGACAAUGGAGAGAUGAAAGUCAACUCAAUGAAAAGAAAAGUAAGAAAGGAUUUGAAUGUAGAAGUUAGUAGGUGGCAGUGCUACAGAGCAAAGAACAAAGCAAAGAAGAUUGUGAAGGGAGACAUACAGAAACAAUUUGCAUUAUUGAGAGAUUACUGUGCAACUAGUGGAUAUCUGGCAGCAUGUAGACCAAUAGUAGGGUUGGAUGGCUGUUUUCUCAAAGGAGCAGUUGGAGGUCAGCUUCUAAGUGCUAUUUGCAGGGAUGGAAAUGACAAUUUGUUUCCCCUUGCAAUAGUUGUGGUAGAAUCUGAGUGCAAACAGACUUGGACAUGGUUUGUAAUUCAAUUUCUUAGAGACAUGGGGGAAGUUCAAGAAAGAGGAUGGGUCUUCAUUUCUGGCAGACAAAAAGGCCUAGUUGAGACCAUGAAUGAACUGAUGCCAGGUGUUGAGCAUAGAUACUGCAUUAGGCAUAUGUAUGCCAACUUCAAACAGAAAUACAAAGGGAAAGAGCUGAAAGAUUUAUUCUGGAAAGCAGCCUCCACAGCAAAUUUGAAUGACUGGAAGUACUAUAUGGAUGAAAUCAAGAAAGUUGAUCCACCAACAGUUGUGAAUGGUGAGGAAAGCAGCUGUGCAUUUCAGUGGUUAAUGAAAGCUAAUCCUGAAAAUUGGGCCAGAUCACAUUUCAGCCCAAGCGCAAAAUGUGAUAUUCUUGUCAACAACAUGAAUGAAAGCUGGAACAACUACAUUAUUGAUGCCAGAGAUAUGCACAUCAUCUCAAUGCUGGAGUGGAUCAGAAAAUCUUUAAUGGUCAGGUUUCAAGUUAAGAGAACUGGUAUGCUGAAGCAUGAGGGAAAAAUUGGUCCAAAUAUUUUCAAGAAAUUGGAGAGAAUUAAACAAGCAAGUGCUAAUUGCUUUCCUACUUGGUCUGGAGGAAUGGUGUUUGAGGUGGAGUGUCAUGAGGGGCCUAAUAUUAGGCAAUGCUCUGUCAAUCUUGAAACAAGAACAUGUACAUGUAGGAUGUGGGAUGUGAGUGGGAUUCCUUGCAAGCAUGUAGUUAGUGCUAUCUAUCUUAACAAGCAUCAACCAGAGGAUUAUGUGCAUUCUUGUUACACUAGAGAUGCUUACCUGGCCACUUACAACUUUCAAGUCUUUCCAGUUCCAGGGGAGCAUGACUAUUUGAAGUCUGGGCUGCCACAACUACUGCCUCCAGUUAUCAAAAAACAAGCUGGAAGGCCAAAAAAGAAAAGAAACAAGACAGCUGAUGAACAAGAAACUAGAAAAGCUGAUCCAACCAAGGUUUCAAGAAGGAAUUUGCCAGUGACAUGUGCUAGGUGCUUGAAGGUUGGUCACAAUAAAAGAGGAUGCAAGGGAGAAAUGCAUCCUAAUUCUAAGCUGCAUAAGAAUUCAUUUGCACCAAGUCCUUCAAUGCAACAGUCAUCUGUACCUAAUUCAAGUUCCUCUCAACAACCUCAUGUUUCUCAAUCCACUUUUGAGAAUCCAUUCUCUCAAAAGCCUGCUUCACAGCCAGCACUAUUACAUGGCCCUAAUGGUGCAUUAUUCCAAAGAUCAAAGACAACUAGAGUUGAUGGAAGCAAAAGCACAGCUGUUGGUGGAAGCAAAAGAACAGCUAGCUACUUUUAUUUUUGA